AUGCAAAAUUACCCAAAUAAAACAAAAGAGAUGUUUAUAGUACGAGCUUUAGAGAAAAUUCUUGGAGAUAAAGAUAUCAAGAGACAGGGACAGUUGAAGAAGGCAUGUGAAACAGCUAUUGCAACACUCAAAGAAGAGCUGAAGGAAGAAAAUGGACAGAUUCCAACUAAUAAUGAACAUUCAUCAACUGCAUUACCACUUCCAAAAAAUGAUUCAUCAAAUAGUAUUAAUGCGGAGAAGUACUUUCUUCCAUUUGAGUUGGCAUGUCAAAGUAAGACGCCGAGAAUUGUUGUAACAGCACUCGAUUGUCUACAGAAAUUGAUUGCUUAUGGUCAUUUAACGGGUAAUAUCCCAGAUUCAUCAAACCCAGGAAAGUUCCUUAUCGAUAGAAUUGUAUCAACAAUAUGUAAUUGCUUUAUGGGUCCUCAAACUGACGAAGGAGUACAACUUCAGAUAAUUAAGGCAUUAUUGACGGUCAUAACAUCUCAAAAUGUUGAGGUUCACGAAGGAACUGUCUUACAAGCGGUGAGAACUUGCUAUGAUAUAUAUUUAUCAAGUAAAAAUUUGAUAAAUCAAACAACGGCACGAGCCACGCUCACACAAAUGCUGAACGUUAUAUUUACACGAAUGGAGAAUCAAGCGUACGAGACAAUUGUUCCAAUUCCCAAUAACAAUAACCAGAAUGCAAUAUCAAAUGCUUCAAAAGCUUCUUCCCAACAACAACAAAUUCAAACCAAUAAUAAUAAUGAUGAUAGUAAUAGUGAGAAAGUUAAUGAAACUCAAGGACAAACGUUAGAAAAUAACAAUAAUGAUAGUGUUAAAAGUGAUGAGAAUAUAAAAGAGACGACAGUAAAUGGCGAGAUUGAGAUAGAUGAUAUGCAGGAUUAUGUGAAGAAAAUUGUUGAUGAAAUUUUGGAUAGUGCUGUUACAGUUGUUGAAAAUAAGCUAAAUAGUAGCAGUGAAGUGGAAGUAGAAGAGCCACAAAAGAAGGAGGAAUUAAAGAAAGUGUCGAGUGUUAGUAGCAUAUCCAAUGAUGGCUCAAUCUCUGAACAGCAACAAAAUAAUGAAAAUAAUGAAAUUAGUUCAGAAAAUGAGAAUAUUGCAGCAUCAAAGUUCACUCAUGUUUUACAGAAAGAUGCAUUUCUAGUGUUUCGAGCUUUAUGUAAAUUAUCAAUGAAACCAUUGCCUGAAGGCCAUCCAGAUCCAAAAUCUCAUGAGUUACGAUCAAAAAUAUUAUCCCUUCAUUUACUUUUAUCCAUUCUCCAAAAUGCUGGACCAAUCUUUCGUUCAAAUGAUAUGUUUAUUAUGGCCAUUAAGCAAUAUUUGUGUGUUGCAUUAUCCAAAAAUGGAGUCUCUUCCGUCCCAGAAGUUUUUGAAUUGUCACUAUCGAUUUUUGUGGCCUUAUUAUCAAAUUUUAAGGUUCAUCUUAAGAAACAAAUUGAAGUGUUCUUUAAAGAAAUCUUUCUCAACAUUUUAGAGACAUCAAGCUCAACAUUCGAACAUAAAUUCAUGGUCAUUCAGGCAUUAGUUCGUAUUUGUGGAGAUGCUCAAAGUGUUGUUGAUAUUUACAUUAACUACGAUUGUGACUUUUCGGCUGCAAAUUUAUUCGAACGUCUUGUUAAUGAUUUGUCGAAAAUUGCUCAAGGACGUCAAGCUUUAGAGCUAGGCGCAACAACAAUUCAAGAGAAAUCUAUGCGAAUUAAAGGAUUGGAAUGUCUUGUAUCGAUACUAAAAUGUAAAGUUGAAUGGAGUAAGGAUUUAUAUAUGAAUCCAAAUCUACAGACAACGUUAGGAGAAACAACUCAUAAAACACCAACAUCGCCGCAUGAAAAUGACAACAUAGAUCAACAAUCUAUUAAGCAUAGUGGAUCAAGUUUGAGUUUAAAUUCAGCUGGAAGUAUUAAUAAUAAUUCUGGGAAUAGAGAAGUGCUUGAUUUCCCUGAAGAAUUAGAAGAAAGGAAGCAAAGAAAAGAAUUGAUGGAAACUGGAAUUGAAAUGUUUAAUAAGAAACCAAAAAAAGGCAUUCAAUUUCUACAAGAAAGAGGUCUUUUAGGCCCAACAAUUAGCGAUAUUGCUAAAUUCCUGAUUGAGGAUGAACGUUUAGAUAAAACUCAAGUUGGUGAUUUUCUUGGCGAUAACGAUGAUCAAAGUAAGGCAGCAAUGUGUGCAUAUAUUGACGCAAAAGAUUUUAGUGGUAUGGAAAUUGUUGCUGCUUUACGAUUCUUUCUUGAAGGUUUUCGUCUUCCUGGUGAAGCUCAAAAAAUUGAUCGAUUAAUGGAAAAGUUUGCGAGCAGAUAUUGCGAAUGUAAUCCAAACAAUCCACUUUUUACAAGUGCUGAUACGGUUUAUGUACUAGCCUUUUCCGUUAUUAUGCUUACAACUGAUUUACAUUCACCGCAAGUGAAGAAUAAAAUGAGUAAGGAACAAUACAUAAAACUUAAUCGUGGCAUAAGUGACAGUAAGGAUUUACCUGAGGAAUAUCUUUCACAUAUUUACGAUGAAAUUUCGGAUCAUGAAAUAAAAAUGAAGAAUACAGUUGUCAAUAAACCAAGCGGUAAGCAAGUAAUAAUUAAUGAAAAGAAACGCAAACUUGUAUGGAAUAUGGAAAUGGAAACAAUAUCAUCGACAGCAAAAAAUUUAAUGGAAUCUGUUUCGCACGUAAGGGAGGCUUUUACAUCAGCAAAGCAUCUUGAUCAUGUACGACCAAUGUUUAAACUUUCAUGGACACCAUUUUUAGCAGCCUUCUCAGUUGGGCUUCAAGAUUGUGAUGAUCCAGAAAUUGCCCAAUUAUGUUUGGAUGGCAUACGAUGUGCUAUUCGAAUUGCAUGCAUAUUUCAUAUGACACUUGAACGAGAUGCUUAUGUACAGGCAUUAGCUCGAUUUACUUUAUUGACGGCAAACUCGCCUAUAACCGAAAUGAAGGCAAAGAACAUUGAUACAAUUAAAACAUUAAUAAUGGUUGCACAUACAGAUGGAAAUUAUCUCGGAUCUAGUUGGUUAGAUAUCGUAAAAUGUAUCUCACAACUUGAAUUGGCUCAAUUAAUUGGUACUGGUGUUAGACCCCAAUAUUUAUCCGGACCAACACAUCGUGAUGCAUUACUUGAUCCAAGCGUUAAGGAACAUAUUGGUGAAACAAGCUCGCAAUCUGUUGUCGUUGCUGUAGACAGAAUUUUUACGGGCUCUAUAAGACUUGAUGGUGAUGCUAUUGUUGAUUUUGUUAAAGCUCUUUGUCACGUAUCGCUUGACGAAUUACAUGGCGUUCAACCGAGAAUGUUUUCACUGCAAAAAAUUGUCGAAAUUUCAUACUACAACAUGGGACGUAUUCGUUUACAAUGGUCGAGAAUAUGGCAAGUACUUGGUGAUUACUUCAAUAUGGUUGGUAUAAAUGCGAAUGAAGAAAUUGCAUUUUUCGCACUUGAUUCUCUUCGUCAACUGUCUAUGAAAUUCAUCGAAAAGGGUGAGUUUUCAAAUUUCCGUUUCCAAAAAGAUUUCCUUCGACCAUUCGAACACAUCAUGAAGAAAAAUAAUUCGCCAGCAACGAGAGACAUGGUCGUACGUUGUGUUGCUCAAAUGGUUAAUUCACAAUCGCAAAACAUCAAGUCUGGAUGGAAAAAUAUUUUCUCUGUUUUUCAUUUGGCUGCUGGCGAUCAUGAUGAGUCAAUUGUUGAGCUGGCAUUUCAGACAACAGGAAAGAUUAUCAUGGUACUUUACAAAAAGCAGUUUCAUAUUAUGAUUGACUCAUUUCCGGAUGCAGUAAAAUGCUUAUCUGAAUUCGCAUCCAAUUCCCGCUUUCCUGACAUAUCUAUGGAAGCAAUACGCUUGUUAAGAACCUGUGCUGUAUCUGUGAAUGAAUCCCCACAGCAAUUUGCUGAACAUACAGGAAUGGAAAAUGACAUUCAUGUGUUGGAAGAGGAUCGUGUUUGGGUACGUGGAUGGUUCCCAAUGUUAUUCUCAUUAUCGUGCGUAGUUAAUCGAUGUAAAUUGGACGUAAGAACGCGCGCAUUGACAGUUUUAUUUGAGAUUGUUAAGACAUAUGGUGAAAGUUACAAGCCUAAUUGGUGGCGAGAUUUAUUUAAUAUUCUAUUUAGAAUUUUUGAUAAUAUGAAACUUCCGGAGCAUCAAACAGAGAAAAAUGAGUGGAUGACAACAACAUGUAAUCAUGCAUUGUAUGCGAUUAUUGAUGUAUUUUCACAAUAUUUUGAUGUUCUUGGACCAUUGUUGCUGAAAGAUUUGUAUAGUCAGUUGCAAUGGUGCGUUCAACAGAACAAUGAGCAAUUGGCAAGAAGCGGAACAAAUUGUUUAGAGAAUCUUGUUAUAUCAAAUGGAACUAAAUUUGAUAUGAAUACGUGGGAGUUGACAACAAUUUGUAUUUUGGACAUUUUUAAACAAACUUUACCACAUGAGUUGCAACAUUGGAGACCGGAUCCUAGUCAAGCAACAACAAUAAUGUAUAAUAGUACGGGACAUAGACCAUCCGUGACAGAAAAUGGAGAGAUACGACAUGGCAUUCUUAAAAGAAGUAAUUCACAACAUUCCGUUUAUAGUCUCAAUUCAGAAGACGGCAAGACUGAGCUUAUUACACAUACCAAUGGACUUUUUUCCUCCUUACUAAUUAAAUGUGUGGUACAAUUAGAACUCAUACAGACAAUAGAUAAUAUCAUAUUCUAUCCAGCCACAACCAAAAAGGAAGAUGCAGAAACUCUUGCAUUAGCUACUGCCGAUUUAAAUCAAAGUGGAAGUAUCUCACUGUUAUCAACAGGUGAACAUAGUGAGUGCCAACGAGAAGAGCAAGGAAUGUACAGCUUUUUGAGUACCAUUCAUUUAAUAAAGUUUGUCGAAUGUCUCGUUGAGAGUCAUCGCUUUGCGAAAAAUUUCAAUCAGAAUAAUGAACAGCGGACGGUUUUAUGGAAGGCUGGCUUCAAAGGCUCUGUGAAACCGAAUUUAUUGAAACAGGAAACACAAAGCUUGGCGUGUGUUUUACGUAUCCUAUUUAAAAUGUAUAGUGACGAAAAUCGACAGAAUGAUUGGAUUGAUAUAGAACAAAGGUUGAUAAAUGUAUGCAAGGAGGCACUUGAAUACUUCUUAUCGCUUCAAAGUGAACCACAUCGUGAUGCGUGGACAUCGUUAUUACUUCUCAUCAUGACAAGGCUGCUCAAAAUGCCUGACCAUAGAUUCGCAACGCAUGCUACAAAUUACUACUCGCUAUUUUGUGACAUGAUGUGUUAUGAUAUGAAGCCCGAGUUACGAAGUGUACUUAGACGAUUAUUCGUGAGAAUUGGAACUGUUUUUGUCACUAAUAGUCAAACUUAA